UGGGUUGUGGCAGCCUCCCCACCAACUAGAAACCCACCUCCACCCCCAUCCAUGGAAAGGAAACGCCUAAAAAAAGAGAUUGAAAAACUCUUGGGAGAUUAUGUUGGCAUCAGACUUCGGGAAAAUGAAUUCGACCCGAAAGGAAGACAGCAGCCCACCUUUCUCGAUGAUAUGGCUCAUUACGACUUGGCCAUCAGUGUUGCUUUACUGUGGCUGAAUGAUUCAGAAGCCCAAAGUCCCUUGGCAGAAGGGAAAAGGAAUUUGCCGCUUCACAGCAGAUACAUCUAUCCCAACCGAACUGAGAGAGAAGCCAUGAUUUUAUCAUUUUACGCUGGGACCUUAAUGAACAGCAUCCCCAUUGAAGACGUCUUUGGGAUUUACAGCACGGGGCCUUCGGCAACAGGCUGGCACCGCUCUGCCAAAGGUCACUGGAUUCACCCUUUCAACCUCUCUUUGCAUCCUUUUGCCAUGCUGACAGCCCCGAAAGCUGCAGAACAUGCCUGGAAACAGAGUGUCAAGUUUCAAAAGGCAGCAGCAAAUCAACAUGCCACCACCAAUUCAACUAGAACAAAUAAGGACUGCAAGCAAUCAGAAUCUCCAUCAACAGCAAAUCAGCCAGACAACAAAGGGUCUAGAAAACAGCUUAAGCAAGGAAUCUUUCCAGAGGACCUUGCACCGAAGAGUGGAAAGGAAGCAGAGAUGUAACUAUGGGUACGUCUUCACUUACUGGAGGGUCUGGCGGCAGGCAAUCGAUGUUCUGGGAUCGAUUUAU